AUGGGCUGUGAGCUGACUAAAAAUAACGUGGUGGUUCCGGAAAUGCCCGAGGAGGAUGUUACGGUGUUUUCCGACACUCAGAUAGAUACCAUCAGAAGCACCUGGCCCUUGCUAUCACGUGACGGUGUCAGGGUCGGUGUGGAGGUGUUCAUGAGGAUCUUUAGAGAGACUCCUUCCAUCCGACGAUUGUUCGAAUCCCUGGGAUCGAAAGACAUAGACAACCUGCAGCACUACCCUGUUUUCCAGGACCACGCUCUCAAGUUCAUGAAAGUCCUUGAAAGUCUGGUACAGAACAUGGAGGAUCCUGAAGUCAUUCAGCCACAUCUGGUGGCUCUAGGAGUCAGACAUGCAGCCAUAGACGGCUACCACCCGGAGUACUUCCGUGUUUACAGCAAGUGUUUGCUCGAGGUGUGGGAGAUGGAGUUGGGCGAGGAGUUCAUUUCGGAAGUUAAGGAGUGCUGGAAGCACGUGAUCAAAUACAUAGUUCGAUAUAUGGUGCAUGGCUACGACAUGUGUUUGACCGACCAACUGGAGAAUGUUAUGACAGAUUGUAACUUUGAGAAGUUGGACUAUACGUGA